CGAACGUCUUCCCCACAGCGUCGAUAUAACUGCUCCUCCGCGCUGUCGAUGCUUCCUGUUCCUCAUUCACUCCUCCUCUCCUCCUCUUCUGCUACUCCUCUACCCUUCCCUACUCUCUCUCAACCUACACAAUGGCUCUCCGCUACGACGGCCAGACCGUCGUCGUCACCGGCGCUGGCGGCGGACUAGGCAGGACCUACGCCCUCUUCUUCGCCUCCCGCGGUGCAAACGUCGUCGUCAACGAUCUCGGCGCCUCCACCAACGGCGAGGGUGCCUCCUCCAAGGCCGCCGACGUCGUCGUCGACGAGAUCAAGAAAGCCGGCGGCAAGGCCGUCGCAAACUACGACUCUGUCGAGAACGGCGAGCGCAUCAUCCAGACCGCGCUCGACGCCUUUGGCGCAGUCCACAUCCUCAUCAACAACGCCGGCAUCCUCCGCGACGUCUCCUUCAAAAACAUGAAAGACUCCGACUGGGACCUCAUCAUGCUCGUCCACCUCAAGGGCGCGUUCAAGACCACAAAAGCCGCCUGGCCCGUCUUCCGCAAGCAAAAGUUCGGCCGCAUCAUCAACACCGCCUCCGCUGCCGGUCUCUACGGAUCCUUUGGCCAGGCAAACUACUCCGCCGCCAAGCUCGGCCUUGUCGGUUUCACCGAGACGCUCGCAAAGGAAGGAGAGAAGUACAACAUCCUCGCAAACGUCAUCGCGCCCAUCGCCGCCUCGCGCAUGACGCAGACAAUCAUGACCGAGGACGUUCUCAAGGCACUCAAGCCCGAGAAGGUCGUCCCUCUCGUCGCCUACCUCGCCCACGCCGACACUGGCGAGACCAACGGCAUCUACGAAGUCGGCGCCGGCUACGUCGCCAAGCUGCGCUGGGAGCGCGCGCAGGGCACUCUCUUCAAGACCGACGAGUCCUUCACUCCCGCCUCGAUCCUCAACCGCUGGGCCGAGAUCGAGGACUUCAAGGGCGCGCAGUACCCCUCUGGACCCAACGACUUCCUCGCCCUCCUUGAGUCCGCCAAGAACCUGCCUACCAACGCGCAGGGCUCGAUCCCCGUCGACGUCAAGGACAAGGUCGUCAUCGUCACCGGCUCCGGCGCUGGUCUCGGACGCGCCUACGCGCUGCUGUUUGCCAAGCUCGGCGCAAAGCUCGUCAUCAACGAUCUCGCCAACCCCGACGACACCGUCAACGAGAUCAACAAGCUUUACGGCGCCGGCACCGCCGUUCCCGACAAGCACUCGGCCGAGGACGGAGACGCUGUCGUCAAGACCGCCAUCGACGCUUUCGGCACCGUGCACGUCGUCGUCAACAACGCCGGUAUUCUGCGCGACAAGUCGUUUGCGGGCAUGACUGAGCAGCAGUGGGAUAUGGUGCUCUCCGUUCACUUGCGCGGAACCUACAAGGUCACAAAGGCGGCGUGGCCCUAUUUCCUCAAGCAAAAGUACGGCCGGAUCGUCAACACGACCUCGACCUCGGGCAUUUACGGCAACUUUGGCCAGGCGAACUACUCGGCCGCAAAGUGCGGCAUCCUCGGCUUCACCAAGACGAUCGCGAUCGAGGGCAAGAAGUACAACAUUCUCGCCAACUGCAUUGCUCCCAACGCCGGCACAAACAUGACGCGCACGAUUUUGCCCGAGGAAAUCGUUCAGGCGUUCAAGCCCGACUACGUCGCCCCGCUCACCGUCCUCCUCAGCUCCGACAAGGCGCCGACCACCGGCUCGGUCUUUGAGAUCGGCUCCGGCUGGAUCGGCCAGACUCGCUGGCAACGCACCGGAGGCGUCAGUUUCCCUGUCGACCAGACGCUUCUUCCCGAGGCUAUUCAGAGCAAGUGGGCUGCCAUCACCAACUUUGACGACGGCCGCGCGACGCAUCCCAAGAACACGCAGGAGAGUCUUGCGCCGAUUCUUGGAAAUAUGGAGAACGUGUCUGGCGACAGUAGCAGCAGUGGCUCGUCCGUGCCUCAGGAGAUGACCUUUGACGACUACGAGUCUUCUUACGACACUCGCGAUCUUAUCCUGUACAACAUCGGCAUUGGCGCAAAGGCCUCUGAGCUGCAGUAUGUCUUUGAGGGAGACGAGAACUUCACCGUCAUUCCUUCUUAUGGCGUCGUGCCGUACUUGGCCGCUCAGCAGGCAGUUGAUAUGGGCUCUCUAGUUCCCAACUUCAACCCGAUGAUGCUUCUUCACGGAGAGCAGUACCUCGAGAUCAAGUCCUGGCCGCUCAACACAGAAGGAGGCAAGCUAGUCUCCAAGCCGAAGCUGCUGGAGAUUGUCGACAAGGGCAAGGCCGCCGUCGUCGUUAUCGGCACCGAGACCUUCGACGUCGCGACCGGCAAGCCCAUCUUCUACAACCAGUCCUCGAUCUUCCUGCGCGGCUCCGGUGGCUUCGGCGGUCCCAAGAAGGGCAAGGACCGCGGCGCCUCGACUGCCGCCAACACGCCUCCCAAGCGCGCUCCGGACUUUGUCACGACGUUCAAGACCUCGGAAGACCAGGCGGCUAUCUACCGUCUGUCUGGCGACUACAACCCUCUGCACAUCGACCCCGAGUACGCCAAGGUGGGCAAGUGGCCGCGCCCGAUUCUGCACGGCCUGUGCUCGUUCGGCGUGAGCGCGAAGAAGCUGUACGAGAAGUACGGCAUGUUCAAGAACAUCAAGGUGCGGUUUGCGGGCCACGUGUUUCCGGGCGAGACGCUCAAGAUCGAGAUGUGGAAGGUCGACGGAGGCAAGAAGGUUAUUUUCCAGACGAAGGUGGUUGAGCGUGGAGACGCGCUUGCGAUUUCGUCGGCGGCGGUGGAGUUGGUUGAUGAGGGGAAAGCAAAGUUGUAAUUAAAUACUUGGGAAGUGAUUGUUCUGUUUUAUUGUUAGCCAGCAAUGACAAUACAUAAAUUGCAAUAUGA